GGAGGAGGAGGCGCGCAUCCGCGACACGGAGCAGGAGAGCACCGUGGCGCGACGCACUGACAGUGGCAGAGCCUGGAGGAAUCCUGAAGUCCACACACACGAGAGGCAAAAAUGCGCUAGGAAGAAAGACAUCUGCGUGGAGCUGGGUUCAUAACCAAAGAUCUUCUUCUGAAGGCACUGAGACACCUGGAGGGAAAACAAAACAAACCAAAACGUACAAGCAACGCACAAGUUGUGAUUUCAGAGGAAAUCAGAAGUGGAAAUGAAUACCAACGAUGCCAAGGAGUACCUCGCGCGGCGGGAGAUACCUCAACUAUUUGAGAGCCUGCUGACAGGGUUGAUGUACUACCGACCCGACGACCCCAUCGACUACCUGGAGGCGUGUCUAAAGAAAGCUAGGGAGCUCGGAGGACCAGAGAAAGUACGAUGGGAUACCUUUGUGGGCCAGGAGAAGAAGCCCCUCCCCCCUCUCAAUGGUGGCCAAUCACGCAGGUCCCUCUUCAGAAAUGUGUUGCCCGACAGUCCCAACUUUCCCUACAGACGCUAUGACCGCCUCCCUCCCAUCAGCCAGUUCUCCAUCGAGAGUGACUCGGACCUGUCCGAGACGGCGGAGCUCAUCGAGGAGUAUGAGGUGUUCGACCCAUCGAGACCCCGGCCCAAAGUCAUCCUUGUCAUCGGUGGCCCUGGCAGCGGCAAGGGGACACAGAGCCUGAAGAUUGCCGAGCGCUACGGCUUCCAGUACAUGUCUGUGGGCGAGCUGCUGAGGAAGAAGAUGAUCCACAAUGCCACCAGCAACAGAAAGUGGAGCCUGAUCGCGAAAAUCAUCACCAAUGGGGAACUGGCACCACAGGAGACAACAAUCACUGAGAUUAAGCAGAAGAUUAUGAAGAUCCCGGAUGCUAAUGGCAUCGUCAUUGAUGGUUUCCCCCGAGAUGUCGGACAGGCCUUGUCCUUCGAGGACCAGAUAUGCACUCCUGACCUGGUCGUGUUCCUCGCCUGCACCAAUCACCGUUUGAAGGAGAGGCUGCAGAAGCGAGCCGAGCAGCAGGGACGGCCCGACGACAAUCCCAAGGCCAUCGACCGCCGCCUGACCAACUUCAAACAAAACACCAUUCCUCUGGUCAAAUACUUUCAAGAGAGGGGCCUUAUUGUGACAUUGGAUGCCGACCGAGAUGAGGAGGAGGUUUUCUGUGACAUCAGCAUGACGUUGGACAACAAGCUGUUUCCCUCCAAGGAGCCCGCAGCUGGCCCCAGCGAGCUGGACCUGAGUCUACUGGGUGAAAGCAGCAGCCUGGCUGAUGUCACUUUCAAGUACAGUGAGGCGGAAGAUGAGGAAGACAUCGGUUACGCUGAAGGAGCCGCAGAAAGUUAUAGCACAGAACACAGGAAACCAAAGGUCAUCUUCGUGAUUGGUGGUCCAGGCUCGGGGAAGGCGGUCCAGUGCCAGCGGAUGGAGGACAGGUUCGGCCUGCGUCAUGUGACCCUGGGCGACCUUCUGUGUAACGAGCUGCAGUCUCACAGCGAACGAGGGCGCCACCUGCAGGAAGUCCUGGAGAGAGGAGAGCAGCUGCCCAAGGACACAAUGCUGGAGCUGCUGUGUGACGCCGUGGCGUCGUCAGUGCAGCAGCAGCGGCCGGGGAAAGGUCUCGUGAUCAGCAGCUUUCCCAGAGACCUGCAGCAGGCGGAGGAGUACGAGGCCAAGAUGGGUGAACCCAGCGCCGUCCUUCUGCUGAGCUGCUCCCCCGACACCAUGUCCAGCCGCCUGCAGUGCAGAGGCAGAUCUCACACAGACAGAGAGAGCGCCACACACAGGCGACGUGAGAGCUUCUGCAACAACAGCCGGGAGCUGGCUGCACACUACCAACACAAGAGGCUCCUGCACACGAUCGAUGCCGAGAAGUUGCCAGAUGAAGUGUUCACGCAGAUCUGCCAAGCGCUGGAAUCCAGUUUCAACAUGUAAUUUCUACACUUUCCUCAAAUACCACUCAAACACCCCCACCCUCUUCUCAAAGUCCGUCUGUUAAGACCUUUUCUCUCCGUUUCUGACCCCGGCGCAGACCUGGUAUUAACACCAACUCUCCGAGUGAUCCAAUCACAUCCAGAUGACACACACAAAGUUCAGUUGUGAACGCCCCCCCCGAUCCGUCCUGAAUGCAGAUCUGAUCACAUAAACUACAUUCAGAGGAGGCCACAUUCCACAUUAGAGAGCCGACUACUUCCUCUGCUGACGUCCUCUUGCGGUUUCACAGUAUUAUUACACUGAUCAGCACUCGUUGACUUAUUCAUAGCCAUCGCCACAAUAUUAACACUGAUCAACACAAGAGUUCUCCUUCUGUUAGAGCAGCAUGAGUACAGCUUUGAUUCAUUCACUCAAGCUUCUGAGGGGUUUGGGGGGUUAAUGCAGAGAGCCAAGUCAGAGACACUAAACGUGUCUUUAUAAUCGUCACACACAGGUGUCAAACUCAAAUGACCUGGGGGCCAAUGAGUGUCACAUCAUUUCAUCAUAUAUUGAAGAUUUUCAUGGUGAUAUUUCAGAGGAUUUCAAAGUAAAAAGUGCUCGUUUUGAUGAAUAAAAACAUAUUUAGAACACAAAAUAAGUCUGUUAGUGUCA